CUGAUCACCCACUGAUAGAGAAAUGGAUAAAACCCGUCAGUCGUGGGAUAAUCCGGUUGUGUGAGGUAUAGCCGAGGUGUGUGGGAUAAUCCAGUUGUGUGAGGUAUAGCCGAGGUGUGUGGGAUAAUCCAGUUGUGUGAAGUAGAGCCGAGGUGUGAUCCACGCUCAAUCAGACGGCAGGUCUAGCUAGUCCGGUCACGUGAGAUGGGUAACUCGAUGAUUUGUGCCCCGGGCAUUGAACGGAGGGCAAAGGUCAAGGCGGAGAAGAAAAGGUAUCAAACUAUCCUACAGCUGAGAGAGCAAAAAGUCCUUGAGGAUCACGGCGAUGAAGAAGAAAACAACACGACAGAAACGGACCAGACCGAUUCUUCCACAGGUACCCCACUCAGGAGGAGGGCGAUCAAACAUGCCCUAUCAGUGGACCCAGUGGACCAGUUGGCGGAGAAGGUUCGGCCCGAGGAGUAUCAGUUCCCGUUUGAGAACCUCAUCUUUGAGGGCGGGGGCAACAAGGGGCUGGCGUAUGUCGGCUGUAUUCGGUAUCUGGAGGAGCUGGGCAUGAUGGGGCAGAUUCGGAGAAUUGGGGGCAGCAGCGCAGGGGCCAUAACUGCGGCUCUUGUGGCAGUGGGAUACGACUCAAGAGACAUCGAGACAUUCUUGUCAGACAACAUAGAGGAGGUGUUUAUUGACCACUCCUGCGGGUACCUGAGUCUCCUGCCCAAUCUACUCAGUAAGUUUGGAUGGAAUCCUGGGAAACGUAUCUUCAACUGGUUCGGGGAUCGAAUCAAGGAAAAGUCAGAGACAAAGAACCCGGAUAUGACAUUUUACGAUCUAUACAAAGAAAAACAAAUGGAACUGUGUGUGGUGGUCACAAACCUGAAUCAGAUGAGAGCUGAGUACUGCCAUCCCAAGACCACACCGGACAUGCCGAUCAGAGAAGCUCUGCGCAUGUCCAUGGCUAUACCAGGAGUGUUCACAGCUCGAGUGUAUGACAACCAUGGACAGUUUGACACCUAUGUAGACGGGGGAGUGUUAUGUAACUACCCUAUUCAUUGUUACGAUGGCUGGUACCUGUCUAUGGCUAAGGAAGAUGCAUUUCUACAACGCAUGAAAUCUCUAAAAGAUCUACCAUUUACCAUGUCACAAAGAUUUGAACCACCAAACAAUAAAACUAUUGGCUUUCUUUUAUAUGACGACACAGAGAUGGAGGUCUUAAGGUACAGUCUGGAGAAGCGUGUGGGAUCCACAGACCCCUAUAAAAUUUCUAAAGAUACCAAACUCUCUAAACUCAAAGAUAAGAAAAAAACAUUGUUAAAGAAAGCUGAGAGAGAACAUAGCAGAAUGGUGAAAGCUGUUGAGGCAUUUAUGAAGGUACUCGACAAACAUAAUCUCCAGGAACAAGAAUUUAUUGAUAAAACAGAACUAGAAAAUGCUUUAAACGAUACUGAAAAUUUCUCCGAAGAAAAUGCCAAAUUAUUGUUUGGUGAGGACAUUGAUGUUAAUACAGCCUUCAAUAUCUUGGACAAGGAUGGCAAUGGGAGGAUAGCCUUUCUGGAACUUGUACAAUUUAUUGAAGAACACGGAAUCAGAAUGCAGACGCGAUUCCAAGGAUUUGGCAGGAGGGAUGUCAACACUUUUUUUGACUUCCUGUCGGCCUUGCAAAACACACUGCUGACCAACUUAAAAUAUGUCUUUGUUAAUGAAAGAGAUGAGUACAGGACAGUUGGAAUCAACACAGGACAUGUCGGGACAUCAGACUAUGUCCUGGAGGACGCUGACAGGGAAUUUGUCGUUGAACGUGGCUACAACGCAACAAAAGCUUUUCUCAAAUAUUACGUGGCAAACAACCCUGACUGUGAGAAACGAAGUGACCCAGUGAAGUCAGCUCACAAGUACUUGACAAAUUCAAGCACCAUCAGAGAAGUCGAUGAGAUAGAGACAAUAAUCCAGGAAAAGGAGCCCGCAUCUGAAAAAACAGCACAUUAAACUUUCAGUGUGGUGAAGAUAUUUUAACUAAUAUUUUCUUUUACAUUGAGUGAUAAAAAAGACAAAUUAAACAGAUCUACACAGAAAAUGAGGAAAAAAGAUUUAAAUCGCAUAUACAAAGUUAUAUUUUACAUAGAAAAUUCAUUUUGAUACUUUGCUUUGAAUGAUAAGCCUGUAAUUUAUAAAAUGCAGUUGCUGAAUUUUGGGAACAAAGUCAUUUAAUGUUUUCAAUCCCUGUCAUCUGAAGAUCACAGAUUAUAUCACAUAUAUCUAUUAAUGAUUUCAAUUUUUGAACGAUU